AUGAAGAUUUACACAAAGUUUCAUUUGCAUAAGGAGGGUGCUUUAACCACAUCAAUACACCCACAGAGGCCAUGCAUUCUGAUAACUUUGAAGAAUGGUGUCAUUGAAUUGUGGGAUUACAGAAUGGGUGUGCUGCUUCAAACAUUUAAUGAUCAUAACGGCCCAGUGAGAGGUAUAGAUUUCCAUCCAACAAAGGAAUUGUUUGCAUCUUCAGGUGACGAUUCAACCAUCAAAGUGUGGUCUUUAAAUGAGUCCAAACCUUUGUAUACACUAAAGGGCCAUCUAGAUACAGUUAGAACCGUAUUCUUUCACCAAACUGAACCUUGGCUCAUCUCAGCUUCGGAUGACCAAAGUAUUCGAAUAUGGAAUUGGCAAAACAGACAAGAAAUAGCAUGUUUACUCGGUCAUACAGAUUAUGUUAUGUGUGCUAACUUUCAUCCCCAUGAAUUUCUUGUGGUGUCUGCCUCAUUGGACAAGACUGCAUGCGUUUGGGAUAUUUCGAAAUUGCAAAAGCAACAAUUCAAUCCUUUAUUCAAGGAUGAUCAAGAACAUUUUACUUUACAUAUCAAAACUAUUAUGAAAGAGAACAUAUUUAGUGAUUUUCCUCCAAAAUUUGUAAUGAUAGAACAUACAAAAGGCGUUAAUUGGGCAAGUUUUCAUCCUCAACGAAAUCUAAUCGUCACAUGUGGUGAGGAUAAUGAGAUUUUGACUUGGGAAUACACUGCUACAAAAAUAAAACUUAAAGAUAAGUAUUUAGGCCAUACAGGACCUGUCACUGCAGUUGUGUUUCACCCCAUGGAGAAUUAUAUUAUAUCAACAAGUAAAGAUAGGUCAUUUUUGGUCUUUAGUUUAACUACGCACAACGUCAUUAAGAAAUAUGGAAAAAAUAAUAGAAGGUUCUUGCACCUUUCAACGCUUUCAAAUCGUAACAUAUUAAGUUCUACUAAUGAUUCUGGAAUAGUAAUUUUUAAAAUUAAUAAAGACAGACAAAAUUUCUCUAUCGACCAUGGGAAGAUUCUGCUAAUAAAUCCAUCAAAACAGGUUCAACUUUGGACUUCUCAAUAUGGCAUGUCAAUACCAUAUACUUCCCUUAAAUCUUUAGGUGAGGAGGGAUCAUUAUUUAGGUGUGUAUCAUACAAUGCUUCACACCAUACAGUUUUAGUUAGUAACGGUAGUAACUCAUACUUCAAGAUAAAAUUAUAUCAUACUGUAAGAGGUGUAACUGGACCAAACAUAUCCAGUUCAGGAACUGGUACGAUUGCAAAAUUUUUUAGCAACAAUGACUACUUUAUCUAUAACGCCAUUGAGAGUAAAAUAAAUCAUUACUCUAUGGAGGACAAGCUACUGACUUCGGUUAAGUUGAGCCAAAAAGACAUUAUCAAUGACAUCUUUACCUUUAAUCAGGAUCUAUUUUUACUUUAUGAUUCAAAAGUCUGUCUCUAUGAUUUGGAAUCCAAGCAAAUAAAAAAUAAAGUUGAUUUUGAGAUUCCAAAAGAAAUAAUAUCAUCAAAGGAUCAAAGGUAUGUUGCUAUUCGAAACCAAUACAGUAUUUCCAUCUUAGAUAUAAACUUUAAAUUAAUCUCAUCCGUGGCAGUAAAUAACAAGAUCAAAAGUUUUGCCUGGAAUGAUGAUAACAUAUUAAUAUUUUCAACAGCUACAAAUUUAAUGUAUAUGUUAUUGAACGAGGAAGCUGGUAUUAUCAAAACACUUCGUGAAACAAUUUAUAUCAUCCAAGUAGUUAAUAAUGUGAUUUUUUACAUUGAUAAAACAUCAUUUGUUAAGCAACUUGAGGUUGACUUAACUGAAUGCUACUACAAGAAAGCUCUAUAUAAUAAAGACAUGUCAUAUAUUAUGGAAACAAUCAAAACUUCCAAGUUGGUGGGUAGAAAAAUUGUCGAAGAUACUAGUGAAGCUGGGUUUCAUAGUAUAGCCAUUGGCUUCACUAAUGAUAAACAUGCAAAAUUUUGUCUAGCACUAAAAUCAAACAAUCUCAAGUUAGCAUAUGAUAUGGCUGCAGAAUUGGAUAAAAAAGAAUUGUGGUCUAAAUUAGUUAGCCUUGCAAUAAUACAAGGGGACAUGGAGUUAGCCGAAAUAUGUUUGAAAAGCAAAGGUGAUUUCGAUAGAUUAUCCUUUUUGUAUCUGGUCUGUGGAUCUAAACCGAAGUUGAAUGAAUUAGAAAAAACCGCAUACCACCAAAAUGACCUAAGCAGGCUAUUCCAAUAUUCUAUUUAUGGCAAUUCACUUACAACAAGGAUUAAUUCAUUAAAUAAAUUGGGUUGCUACAGUCUAGCAUAUCUAGUAGCACGAUCAAACGGAGACAAUGAUGCUAUGAGACAUAGCCUACAUCUAGCUAAUAUUAAGGGUGAUACCAUUAUUUGGCCGGAUAACAGAGAUGUAACCGAAUCCUUAAUAAAGAAACCUCUCCAAGAAAAUUUUACAAAAUGGCCGUUACAUCCUUCAACUGAAUAA